CUGGGGAAAGGAGGUGGUUCUCUGUCACCAGAAAAAGUGCUGCCACUCAAGUUUUUCCACUCACAGUCAGCCCCCCCAUGACAGCCCAAAAGUGAACACAAGGACUGACCACCGAAUGACAAUAUAUAAACUCUGUCAAAGGGGGCUGACAAUAGCCACUUUCUUCUCUGCCUUGACAAAGAAGCCACCAGCAAUGAAACUGCAUGCUGCAGCUCUCCUCGUCACCUUCUUACUUGGCAUCUUCCUUGUGCAGAUGGUGGAAGGGAGUGUUGGAAGUCAGUCGAUGCGCAAAGUCAGCUGUGUAAACCUGACUACAAGACAACUGAACAUCCGAAAUCUCAUCAGCUAUGAAAAGCAACAACUUCCAGUAGAUGCCGUUAUGUUUAUCAACAGAAAGGGUAUCAAGAUCUGUGUAAGCCCUCAUCAGAAAUGGGUGCAGACUGCCAUAAAGAAAAUAGACCAAAGACGUACCACCCAAGGCAAAUAAUCCUGUCCUAGGCAAGCAUCUAAGGCCAACUAAAUGGAACCAUCAUCAGUGCUGCACAAAACAGGGAAGCGAGCCUUAGGAUCUGCUUUUAAUUCCUGAUGAUUAAUUGGUAAUAAAAUCUCUGAACAAACA